AGCGGGCUCCCAGACGAGUCCUGCACUCACCAACAGUUGGCUGCGCGGCCACUAACAUCUGGGCCGCCGCAGAUGAAGGGGACCACACGGUGGCUGCGCAGACACUGGCCUCAUGAGCGCUCGUCCCGGAGCCGACAGCUGCACCGCUCGCUCUGCCCAGCAGGUUAUGAAGGAAGAAUGGAGUUUCCAGACCAUAGCCGGCAGUUGCUGCAGUGCCUGAGUCAGCAGCGUCACCAGGGCUUUCUCUGUGAUUGUACUGUUCUAGUUGGAGACGUUCAGUUUAGAGCCCAUCGCGCAGUGCUUGCUUCAUGCAGCAUGUACUUCCAUCUAUUCUACAGGGACCAGCUGGACAAAAGAGACAUUGUGCAUUUGAACAGUGACAUUGUCACAGCUCCUGCCUUUGGCCUGCUUCUGGAAUUCAUGUAUGAGGGAAAACUUCAGUUUAAUAGUCUACCAGUGGAAGAUGUGUUAGCUGCAGCCAGCUACCUUCACAUGUACAAUAUUGUGAAAGUUUGUAAAGGAAGAUUGAAAGAUAAAGAACAAUGCGCAGAUGAUAGAAUGAAUGGUAAUGCACUUGGAUCUGUGAAAGAAGAGAGUUCUUCAGAAAACGAUGAGCCAAUAGCACAUUGUGACACACCAAUCAAGAAAAGUUGUACUGUUGCAGAUAAUAAACCCACAAGCAGUGAAAAGGUUAAUGGACAUUGUGGAGGCUUUUCUGACCUUGUAGGUAUCAAUCCUGUAUCUACAGAACCAGAACCAGAAUUAUGCAAUGCAGCAGCUGGAAAAACAAAGUCCACCGUCAGUAGUUCCACAGAACCUUUGUCUCAGACAGCUAUUGACCAUAUCAAGGCCCCAGCUGAUGUGGACUGUGCUCUAGAUCUGUCUUUCAAGCCUGUGUCUGGAAGAGAUUUAUUUUACUCCUCCUAUGUUUCUGGACAACUGGCCUCCAACAGCCAGCAGCAGGGCACCGUGCCACUUGUUGGAGAUCAACAAGAUUUGCUGUCAGACCAAGAGGACAGUGAAGAAAUGGAUCCAGCAAGUCAGAGUGGGAAUUCUGCCAGUAGUAUGCUGACAGGAUUUGGUCCUGUGUUUUCAGGGAAUGGUGUGACACAUACUGUAGGAGGAGAGCACGAAAGGGAUGGGAGUGAGGAUGAUAUGCCGUCAUCUGAUAUUUCAAGCAAAAAGAUGGUAAUGUCGACAGGACAUAUUUUUAUCUGUCCUCUCUGCAGCAAAGGCUUCCCAAGCCCACAUGUUCUUCAGCUUCACCUGAGCACGCACUUCAAGGAAAAAGAUGGCCCUCGAGCCAAAAUGCCUCCUGAUGGCUCCAUGCCCACCUGCUCACAGUGUGGGAAAACCUUUUCCUGCAUGUACACGCUAAAACGUCAUGAACGAACUCACUCAGGUGAAAAGCCCUACACCUGCGGUCAAUGUGGAAAGAGCUUCCAGUACUCUCAUAAUCUCAGCCGUCACACAGUUGUGCACACCAGGGAGAAACCACAUGCCUGCAAAUGGUGUGAAAGACGAUUUACUCAGUCGGGUGACCUGUACAGGCACAUACGCAAAUUCCACUGUGGUCUUGUAAAGAAUAUUGCUGUUAGAUAAUACUUAGCAUCAAAUUUGAAUAUCUUAAAGUUAAUAUUCAUAUCUGGAAACCUUGCACGGUUUAGGCUACAAGUGUAAAGAAAAAUUCCACUGCAUUGCUUUCUUGCAUAAAAUGUGAGAAAAGAGAUCUGCUUUCAAUAUUUUCUUAAAAAUCUGUUGAAGUUGCAGUAUUUCAUAGGAAACAAUGUUGUAAAAUUUGAACUAUUUUCUUUUCAUUUCAAGAAGAUCCAAAUGUAUUCACUAGAGGAGUGUCCCAUUUCUUUUCAGUCUGAAAGAUUUAAUAAUCUCAGUUCCUAAAGUUUGCUUUUACUAUGUUUCUCCUCUUCCUUACCAGCCUCGGAUUUGACAUUGCACAAAUAUGGCACCUUCCAGGGGGUAUGAUUUAAAUGAAAAUUCCUGCUAAAUCAUUAGUGAGUCAUCAAAAUAGUAACCAUUAUUUAAAAAUCAAUAAGCAACUGAUUAAUCGAGUAUCCUGAAUUUUACUGUUUAAGAAUUUGCUAGCACAAUAAUGCUGAUGCUGGCAAAUGUUAAAUUGUUUGUUUGGUCUGUUAAUAUCUAAGCAAACACUCUUACUCCUUCAAAAAUACAGUUUUAGCUGUACAUAGAUACACUUGAUAUGACAUUUCACCUAGCAACAUGACCCAAUACCAUUCUGAAUGAGAGGUAAAUUAACUGUUUUGAAAUGCAGUACUGCAGCUUUAACCUAUGAAUGUUGAAUAUGUGGUCUUACCUUCUGGAGAAAUUCAGUUAUGAAUUUUUGUUGUUUGCUGUGAUUGGAAUAUAGCACUAAGAACAACUACUAAAUGUUAUUUCUUUCUCCUGAUGAAACUUGAUACUGUAUUUAUAGCAUUUUGAUCGUUUGGGGUGUAGUGAAUUUUCUGUUGUUUAAAGGCUGAAUUUAGGAAAUUAAAGUUUGAACUGUUUCAUAGAACUUUAAUUUUCUAUUAAUAUAAAAGUUUAUUUUGAUGCCACAAAUGGGCAAUUAUAUGAAAAUUUGAGUUCUAUGUCAAAAGAUUCAAAAAAUAACAAAUUACUACUGAUUUUAUUGAGUUUUCUUAUUUAACGGCAUAAAUGUGUGUCCUUUGAAGAAUUAUGGUGUUUAUUAUUGUUAAUGGGAAUUUUUUUCAGUAAUGAGUUCCCUGAUCAUUAUUGGGUAUUACUGAUUCAUACUGGAACAAAAAUUGUUUAGAAGUAAAAUGUGAAAUUCAAUUUCUUUGAAAAUUUUAAGAUCAAAAACCACUCGUUUUAAUGUAUAUUUUAAAAGUUGUAUUGCACACUUGGAAAAUAUUUAUGUUGCACUCUGGGGUUUUCUUGGGGUUUUGUUAAAUUCAAUUUACCGUAACUGCUUAAUAAGCAACUUCAAGGAAAAUUUUAAAAACUGGAGACUAGUCAUCUAACAUAAAAUAUAAAACAGGUAAGGUCUGUAAAAUGUUUUGUAUAAUCAAACAAAAAAACACUUAUUUAUAGCUUUUUGUGGUCUUUACGAAGUUGCUGUGUAUAAUUCCUAUCCUUGAAAUUUAUUAAUGGAGAGUUUUAUAGUAAGAAUGUAGCAGAGCCCUUAGAAUGAAGUCUAAUUUUUUUUUUUACAAAACUUUUAUUGCAUUUUUUUAAUAAUAAAAUGUUUCCUGGUCUGCAUUUUAACAAUAGUGUUCUGUACGGUCUAUAGAAGACAAUCAGAAAGUGAAGGGUGUUUUUUUCAUUAAACCUGUAGCGCUUAAUCAGCAAGAUGUCUUUUAAUUUUUUUGCCCUGUUUGUGUUGUAAAACUGUGACAAUCGUGACUAGGUUCUUAGUUUUAGCAAAAUUUUUUAAAAAUUAAGUAUAUUGAGAUUCCUAACUUGUUUUUGCUCAUGGCAAAGUCUAAAUGCCUGUAUAUUUUGUGAAGACGUGCCUUUUAUAUAUUACCUCAUUCAAUGGAUUGAAUACCUAGUGCACGAUUGCAACUUGUUCAGAAAAUUGAACAACUCCUAUUAAAAGAACUGACAUUGA